AUGGACGCCGGCAGGAGCUAUUGGCCCGACCCAUGCCACGUCAUUAUCCCCGGAAAAGCCACUGCUACCGAAAUCUUCCUUUCACGUGACACUGUGACGCGGUCCCCCAAAGGAUGUGGCCCUCUCAAUAGUAUAAGUGUUGUAUUUCAAACGACCAGAAACGACCAGGGUACACCGCGUGUAAUCGUAGCUGUGGGUACUGACAUAACUGUCACUGUGCAAGAUGUUUUGGCACGUGCCGGGACUCUGCGCUGCAUCACCUGUGAGUGCUUGCACUUUGAUGUUCGUAUUUUUUCUCCUAAGGUGGAUACUAUUUUGGACAAGGAAAAUUUUAAGUUGGAGGAUCUUCUUGAUGAGGAUGAAAUAAUUCAGGAGUGCAAAGCACUGAAUACCCGCUUAAUCAAUUUUUUGCGGGACAGGGUUCAAGUGGAACAAUUGCUCCGCUAUAUUGUAGAAGAGGCUCCUGAAGAUGCAGAAAAGAAAAGGAUAUUUAGAUUUCCGUUUAUAGCUUGUGAAAUAUUUACAUGUGAAGUGGAUGUCAUCAUGAAGACAUUAGUGGAGGAUGAAGAUCUUAUGAAUUUACUUUUCUCCUUCCUGAAACCUGACCACCCUCAUGGGACAUUGUCGGCUGGUUACUUUGCCAAGGUAGUGAUUUGCUUGAUGAUGAGGAAGACACUCCCACUAGUUAGUUAUGUGCAGGGCCAUCCUGAAAUAGUUAGCCAACUUAUUGAUCUUAUUGGGAUUACUUCUAUCAUGGAGGUUUUGAUUCGCUUAAUCGGUGCGGAUGAAGCUAUGUAUUCAAGCUAUGCAGAUUCUAUGCAAUGGUUAGAUGACAUACAAGUCCUUGAGAUGAUUGUUGACAAGUUCAGCACAUCAGAUUCUCCUGAGGUUCAUGCAAAUGCUGCUGAAAUCCUUUGUGCAGUAACUAGAUAUGCCCCUCCAGCACUUGCUGCAAAGAUUUCCAGUCCAAGCUUUGUGGGGAGAUUAUUUCAACAUGCUUUUGAAGAUUCAAGGCCUAAAUCGGUGCUGGUCCACUCAUUAUCAGUGUGCAUAUCUUUGUUAGAUCCUAAGAGACUUGUAUCGGCUUCCUACCAGGCUUUCCGUAGUCAGUUGAGCCAUGGAACACUUGUCACUGCAAGUCCAGAGACAGUAAAUGGCAUGCUGGAUAGCCUAGGGGAUUUGUUGAAGCUGCUGGAUGUUUCAUAUGCUGAAAAUGUUCUGCCAACGACAUACGGAAGCUUACAACCUCCACUCGGGAAACAUCGCUUAAAGAUUGUUGAGUUCAUCUCCGUUCUACUAUCAAUUGGUAGUGAAGCUGCCGAAACACGGCUGAUUCAACUAGGAGCAAUCAAGCACGCUAUAGAUCUAUUUUUUGAGUACCCUUUUAACAACUUUUUGCACCACCAUGUUGAGAAUAUCAUCGGGUCAUGUCUGGAGAGUAAGCAGGAUCAACUGAUUGGCCAUGUCCUUGAUGAGUGUAAACUUGUUACAAGAAUUCUGGAAGCAGAGAAGAACUCUGCUCUGUCGUCAGAUUUAACUAAGCAUACAUUGUCUUCAGAGGGAAGAUCUCCACCAAGGAUUGGAAUUGUUGGUCAUAUGACACGGAUAGCUAACAAGCUCCUUCAGCUGGCCAAUACUAACAUCAUGGUUCAAUCACAUUUGCAGCAAAAUUCUGAUUGGAUUGAGUGGCAUGCCAGUACCCUAACGAAGCGUAAUGCAUUAGAAAAUGUUUACCAGUGGGCUUGCGGUCGACCAACAUCACUGCAGGAUCGUGGUAGGGAUAGCGAUGAUGAAGACUUCCGAGAUAGGGACUACGAUGUGGCUGCACUUGCUAGUAAUUUAAGCCAGGCAUUUAAAUAUGGUAUUUACAGUAAUGAGGAUAUUGACGAGGCUCAAGCAUCACUUGAGCGGGAUGAUGAGGAUGUAUAUUUUGAUGAUGAAUCUGCAGAGGUAGUAAUCUCCUCCCUUCGCCUUGGAGACGAGCAAGAAAGUGGCUCGCUCUUUACAAAUUCCAAUUGGUUUGCAUUUGAAGAGGACAAAGCACUGAAUGAUGGUGUGGUUAGCUCAGAAGCUUCCCCAUCUCCAAAUUCGGAAAUAUCCGCACUAAAAGAGGAUGAUGAAAAUGAUGAAGUCAUUCUUGGCGAGGUUAUAGAUGACACAAAAGGUUCUGAACCACCUCUACCAGUGUCCAACAAAGACGCAAACAAAGAGUCUGGUCACACUGGCUUGGCAAAUGGUACCAUUGACAAAUUGGAAGAUGAUAUCAGACCACCAACUCCGGAUGUAAAAGAGAGUCAACCUGAGUUUGUAGAAUGGAAGGAGGAAGAAGCUGAACCUGGUGAUGUUGCUGAGAAGGAUACUGCAGUUCUUGAUAUGGAGGUUGAAAGUGAGAAGCAGCUGGAUUCCAUGGAUUGCGAUGCCAAGUUAGGAGAGGAAAAGAAGAGUGAUGGUAUGCUUGGAUCUUCAGUGUCUGAGACAGAAGCAGCAUCGCCUGUUUCAUCUGAUAUUGAUUCAAUCAAGCACCCUGAACCAGUUGCUGACAGUGCUGUAUCAGAGUAUCCAAUGGGUGAACAAAAUCGUGAGAAAUGA